GCAUAAUUAAACGCAAGGCCUGCACGAUUGAAGCGUCACACAACAAAGUUCGCUUCGCACCCGCGCCCCGCCGCAAGACAGCUCGCUAGUAAGAUGAUGCUUUCGCACAAGAGUUCCCUGGGAACCUCUAAAGCGGCGCUGCCGUCGCGUACGCCAGCUGCCAUGAUGUCCAUGUUGCCAGUACACCAGCGGCCAGCAGCGGCUGUCCGCGCGCGCGGCAGUCGGGCAGUAACUCGGGCGGUGGCCGAAUCCCUUGUGAGCCGCGACGACGAGGGCUUGCGCCUUCGCGGACCGCAGACUCUGGUGCUGCCGACCAUCUUUGCCAGGACCACCGGGACGAAUAAUAAGCCGGUCCUGGUGAAAGCAAACGUCGUGUUGCCCCCGUCAGCCGGGAAGCUGCCACAGGAGGGCGACCCCCCGCGCACCGUCACCGCGCGCGGCGUGGUCCUCUUCAUGCACGGCUUCGCGCAGGGCUUGUGAUCAUGGCGACACACCACCUUGC